AAUGUGUUCUCCGCCGUAACGUGCGGUACGGUGUCGCAUAAAUACUAGUUUAUAUGAAUCAUUAGUCUUUGUUUCUGGAGUUGAUCUUUUUUGGAAAAUUAACCUCGAACAUAUUUUUCCCAAUAGAAACCAAGCAAGUAGGGCCAAAAUAUAUAAUCUAGCUACGUACCCUCGCUGGUUAUACUGGCUUCUUGUUUAUGCCUUUCAUAGUUCGAUAACCCCGAUGCUUCUUUACAGUUGUUACAAUCAACAAUUAAAAAAGUUAAAGAAAACCUUUUUUAGAUUAUAAAGACGCAAGAAAUCAUAGAACAGCGUACUUUAAGAACUUCUCAUACAAAUUUUCUUAAAAUAAUGGCUUUGUUCAUUGUGAAAGGAGUUCUCUUUUCAGCUUUUAUCACCAUGGCCAUCAAUGGGCUCGUUCGAGCUAGCGAUCCUGACAUUCUAUUUGACUACAUUGUUCCGCCUCACGUGACAGUAGUUGAUGGAAAUUUCUUCACUUACACCAAUUUCCGUGUUCUUUUCAACAGAUCAAUGGAUCCUACAGCAAUUCAAGCCAGCAUGACGGAAUUCCCGGCUCUAAACGGCCAGAGCGUUUCCCUUUCGGUGCUACGGUUAUCCCCUGGAGGAGUGAGUCCACCACAUACGAGACCCCAUGCAACUGGCUUGUUUUUAGUGUUGGAGGGUGAAUUCGAGGUUGGUUUUGUGGACACGACGAAUAAGCUUUACACUCAAACCCUACAAACUGGAGACAUGUUCAUAUUUCCAAAGGGACUUGUUCAUUACCAGUAUAAUGCUGAUAUGAAGAAGACAGCCAUGGCUGUAGCUGCAUUUGGUAGUGCGAGUACUGCUCUUGUUUCAGUUCCGUCAACUUUGUUUAAACCAGACGUUGAUGAUGUCGUUCUUGCCAAGUCUUUUAGAACGGAUGUAGCAACAAUUCAAAAGCUUAGGGCUGCUAUUCGAGGAAAGGUUUAGGCCAUCAAGUUCCAUGGACGACCAACUCGAUUUCAAUUUCUUUCUUUUUUAAAUCUUUUAUGGAAAGAAUUAAUAAUGCUUUUCGCAAACCAAAAGCUUGCAUUUAACCAUUUUCAUUGCUAAAAUAUGUAAUCAUUCAUUAUCAUAUAGUUAGAAAAUUCGUACAUCAUUAACUUUUUAUCAUAAUUUUGUUAAUUAUGUUAUAUUGAGUUUGUUAGAUAA